AUGAAUAAUCGAACAUCCAUUAAUGUUGAGAAUGAGAAUGAAUAUGAUGAAAAUUGUAGUGUUGAGUAUGUAAAUUAAGAGUCAGAGUCGGAAGACUAUGAAAAUAACUAGAGCGAUUACAAUGUCGACUCUCCUUUGUCUCCAUGUUAUGACAAUUUAUUAAAAGAAUAACAUCCCUUCUUGUAAUAUUAGAAAAUAGCCUUAGAAAACUAUUUAGAUCCUUUUUUUAAAGUGGUUUAUAAAGCCUAUUCUAAAGAUUGCUUUUUUGAUGAGAAAUAAUACCCUUAGGAAUUCAUAGAUCAUAUCAAAUUCGCAGAUUUUCAAACCUUCAGUUUUAGUGUUUUAAAGAAAAGUGCUUCUUUUUUUGGUACAAUAAAGACAUAAAUAUAUUUCUAAUAUCAAAAGGACAUAGAUCUCAAAAAUUGUGUAUUGACACUUAAUAAUGAUUAAAAUGAAAUUGUAAAAACAAUACUAUAUCAUAUUUUACGUUUCACCAAAGAAAUAGACUCCUUAAACUAACCUAUAUUUCAUCUUCAAAAGGCUUUGGAGAUUAUUGCUCAUCAGGAGUAGACUAUAAAGGAUGAAAUUUACAUGUAAAUAGUAAAGCAGAUUUAGAAUAAUAACACAUCAUAUUUGAUUUAUUAUUAUUAAUUGAUGGCAGUAUAUGCUACUAUGUUCUGUCCAAGCAAAAAUUAUUUUAAACCGUUAUUCAAUUAUUUUUAUCAAAGAAAGGAAAAUAAUUCCUUACAUUAAAAUUAUUGUAAUUUCAUUUUAAAUAGAAUUUAUCGCAAUUAUACAAUAAAGAGUGAUCAACUAUUUCUCACUGAGUAAGAUAUAAACAAAGUAAUGCAUAUGAAACCAUUAAUGUAUGAAAUAUCUUUCUAUCAUUUUGCAAAGUUUCAGAUGGAAAUGCAAGUUGAUGUUAAAUGUGGUGAUAUAUUAAAUCACAUUGCAGAAUAAUUAAAUUUAAAUCAUCGACACUCUUUAUGUUUAUGUUUAAUUAAAACAAAUAAAAGAAUAAAUGAAAUUUAUUUAGAUGAUGAUGAUUAUUUAUUCAAAAUCGUCAAAGAUCAUAUUUAAACUUAUAAUAAAUUAACAGAAAUUGUUAACACUCCCCAACCUUCUUUUAAAUUAGUGAUUAAAUUAAUCAAAAUAUCAUCACCAUAUUAAAAUUUAGAAAUAUUCACCUUAGCAUAUAUGAUAGCCAUCUAGGAUUAUUUAAGUGAUUUCUUCCCAUUGGAUGAAGAUGAAAUAGAAUUGAUUUGUUCCCUUAAAUUGGCUGCUGACUACGGUCCAAAAAGACAUUUUAAAGCAGAAUAGAUUGAUUUGAAUGAAUACAUUCCUUUAUUUAAGAAGAAUACCUUUGAUUCAAAUGAGAGGUUGAGUAAAAUUAUAUAACUUUAUCAUUAAUAAAGAGUCAUUAAUUCAAGAGAUGCAAGAUAUAAGAUUCUUCAGAUUUUAGACUAAUACCCUCGUUUUUUAGGCACAACGUUUAAGUGUUCAUUUAAAGAGUUAAGCUAAAUGAGCAGUGCUCCUAAUUCAAAAAUAAUAUUAAAUAUCACUUUUAGAGGUUUGAUUUGUAGUCUUCCCUCAGAUUAAAGAGAAUAUAUUUGUCAUAUUGACUAUGACCUAAUAAUCAAUUUUUGUAAAACAAAUAAUAGGACUCUGCAUAUUGUAACUUUAGACAAACAAAUAUAUUUGACAUUUUUGAAUCAUUUGGAAUGCUAAUAAGUUUAUUAAUUUAUUCUAAAGCAUGAAAGUUAAAUUUCAUGCAAUGAUUUCAAUUAUACAAAUUUAUCAUGA